CCAUCUCAGCACUAGGGAAGAAAUGCUCAGACUAAAUGUUCCUUCUCAGUGUAUAAUCUUCCAUGGCAGACCAAUUGAGACUGAAAGCAAUUGUGGCUUCUGGGUUCUGCCUCUUAAGCGAGUUCAGAAUCCAUCACGGUCGUCGAAUUUUGCCCGGGCCUUGAAAGAUGAACCAGGUGGAGGCGGAAGAGGAUUUGCAGGAAGAAACUGGGAUCCUGGGUUGGAAAUUGAAGUCCCUUUUGAACAGAGACCUGUAAACGAGUAUUCGUCUCUAAAGGAUGAGGUGUUAUAUUCAUGGGGUGAACUGAGUCCAGGGCCCUUUUUUCUACGUCUUGGAGGCCUAUGGUUAGUAGCUUUCACAGUUCUGGGAGCACCAAUUGCAGCUGCAAGUUUUAAUCCUUCUAGGGAACCACUGAGAUUUGUGCUAGCUGCCGGGACUGGAACUCUUUUUCUGGUCGCUCUAAUCGUCUUGAGGAUAUAUUUGGGUUGGAGUUAUGUUGGUGAUAGGCUUUUAUCAGCAGUGAUACCUUAUGAAGAAAGUGGAUGGUAUGAUGGGCAAAUGUGGGUCAAGCCACCAGAGAUCUUGGCUCGUGAUAGGCUGCUCGGCUCCUAUAAGGUCAAGCCAGUAAUCAAGCUGUUGAAACAAACAUUAGUUGGCACAGGAGCACUGCUUGUUACAGCUGCAUUGCUAUUCAUCUUUGCUACACCAGUUGAAGAUUUCUUUCGUAAUACUUUUGUAUCAAAAGAAAACCAGUCAACUUUUCAAACUUCAAGAACCAGUACCAAGUCCAAUAUAAGAAAGGAAGAGUUGCUAAGAUUGCCAGUGGACGUGAAGGGUGAUGAUGAUUUAGCAGCAGCAGCUGCAGAAGCUGCUGAUGGGAGACCAGUUUACUGCAGGGAUAGGUUUUACCGCGCAUUAGCUGGAGGGCAGUAUUGCAAAUGGGAAGAUCUAGUAAAUUAACCCAAAAUAGGCUUUUCUGAUCCUCAUUGUCAGAGAGCUAACAUCGCUUAUGUUCAUAUGUUGCACUCCAGAAAGAAAUCAUCUCAUUAAAUUCAGUAAAAUGGAGCCUCCAAAUAUCAGUAUCCGUCCAGCAACCAAGUAUGGAUUGAGAAUCAUAAGCACAACUUUUAUACUGAAGAAAACAAUAUAAUGACGAAGGCUCGUUGUUUCAAUUGGAUCAUAUUUCCAGAAAAUUAAUUUGUAGGUAAAAAAGUUUCA